AUGGAUGGAUAUAUACCUAUUCUAAAUCCAGAACAAAUCACGCCUGAACGUGAUCGACACUCCCAACGCGAGCAUGACAGGCUCAAUCGACUUCAAAUGACUUCUCCUACCAGGCGCAAUCGUCGUCGUGCUGCCCAUGAUAAUCAGGACAGGCCUCUGCCUCCUGCACCACAGCCAAAUUUCAUGCCGGCUAAUGUGCCACAAGCAGGACCCGUUCCACGACCUUUUGCUUGGCAACCUCCCCCUCACUUUCCAUAUGAGCCACUACCAGUCGGGCAAUAUCCUGGCUUGCCACGAAAUGCAAUUGCACACGUGCAGCGUGCUCAUCAUGUUCCUCCAAUUGAUUACAAUGCACGCUUGAAUGAGCGAGUGAAUGCUGCUCAAAAUGACAGACGCCGUCAACGUGCUCAUCGUCGGCGACAAGACAGAGAUGAGAUAAGACAGCAGGUGCAAGAAGUGCUCAUGGCAGCUGGGAUGCAGCCUCCACAGGCGCCUCACAUUCCUGAUGAUGAACCUGUUCAACCUGCUCCUCCUGCUCCCCCUGUAUAUGGCGCUGUUCAUUAUGAGGGCGCAGUUGGUCCACAUAACAUUGACAAUCCCCUCCGCUACUUUGCACUUUCGACAUCAUUUCCAAGAACAGCAAAUGGAAAAUGA